UAAUGACACGGGGGUUGUUUGCGUUUCAUGUUGACGCCUUCUCUCUUUGCUUUGCCGUGUUGCCUAAUAAUUAUUUAUUUCAAUCACCAAAACUCUAUAUAUCGGCAUCGAUGGAUAACCAAUGAUACGUCGUCGUUUUGCCCCCCAGAACCUCUGAAGAAGAAGAAAUGGCGAGUAGCAGCAGCAACACUCCGAAGGAAAGCGUUGUUGUCGACUGCGGAAGGCGUCGAACCUCUUGCGGCUAUUGCAGAUCCUCUCGUCACAAUAGCAUCUCUCAUGGCAUGUGGGCACAUAGCCUUACUGUGGAUGACUACCAAGAUCUUCUUGAUCGUGGCUGGAGAAGGUCUGGAUGUUUUCUUUAUAAACCAGAGAUGGAAAGGACAUGCUGCCCUUCUUAUACAAUUCGCUUGAAAGCAAGUGACUUUGUUCCUUCUAAGGAGCAACUUCGUGUAUCUAGACGAAUGCAAAGGUUUUUAGAUGGAACCUUGGAUGUAAAAAAAGUUGAUGUUAUGGAGGACCCAACCAAAUCGGGAAUCUUCACUAGACCUAUGUCAGAAGAAUCCUUAGCUGCUGGCAGUGAAAACAAGGAUGAAGUUGAAAAAUCUUUGCAUUAUUUAUCAAACCAAAUUGAUAAUGUUAUACACAUCCUCAUUGAGAAGGGGGAAUUUCCCUCUGGUAUUCAAUUACCAAAUGCUUCAGUAAAAAGAGUUUCACAGGGAAAAAGAAAGUUACUAGUCAAUGGAUCAGAAGAUCUCUUAUAUAGUAGCAAUAUAGCCUUUCAAAUUGCAGCAUCUAUAAAACGAGCACAAUCAUGUGACAAGGUUGUCGAUGAUUCCAAACCAGCAAGAGUCUGUGAAAAGGAGAAUGAUUCAUCUCCUAAAAUUAUUGCAGAAAAGCUAGUAGCUUCUUUAGAUCCAACUGUGAAAAAUUCUGAUUUGUCUAUCAGGGCUUGCAAUGGACAUAUCAAUUUUUAUGCUUCUAGUAAGCAAGUGUCCCUGAACAGAAGUGUUCAAAAUGCUCCAGUUCCUAAAAUUUCUAGAAUGAAGCAUGACAGUGGAGGAAAUUGUUUGAUUGGUCAGGUAAAAAGGCAAAAGCUUGAGAUCCGUUUAAACAGAUCCAGUUUUGAUCCAGAAGAAUUUGCUUUGUACAGAAGAUAUCAGCUCAAAGUACAUAAUGAUAAACCACAAAAUGUCACAGAGAACUCAUAUCGUAGGUUUUUGGUUGAUACUCCAUUAAUACAAGUUUCUCCCACUGGUGAUAGCACAGUUCCUCCUUGUGGUUUUGGCUCUUUCCAUCAACAAUAUCUAAUAGACGGCCAGUUAGUGGCAGUUGGUGUUAUAGAUAUCCUUCCUAAAUGUUUGUCAAGUAAAUAUUUGUUCUGGGAUCCAGACUUUGCCUUUCUAUCACUAGGCAAGUACUCGGCUUUUCAAGAAAUAGGUUGGGUGAAAGAAAACCAGGUUUAUUGUCCUAGUCUACAAUACUAUUAUCUUGGCUACUAUAUUCACUCUUGCAGCAAGAUGAGAUACAAAGCUGCAUAUCGUCCUUCAGAGCUUUUAUGCCCUCUUCGCUAUCAGUGGGUUCCAUUUGACAUUGCAAGGCCUCUGCUUGACAGAAAACCUUAUGUUGUCUUAUCAGAUUCUUCCAUUUUACAAAAUGGAGAGUCAUCCCUACCUCAAACUACGGAAGAUGUAAUGAGAAGGGGUUUUGAUGAUGUUGGCCAAGAAGAUGCAAAUGAUGUUCCAAUGCUUGAUGAUGAAGAAAUGGUUGAGUCUGAAUCAGAAUGCUCUGAUGAUGAACCUGACCUAGAAACCACUUCAGAUGAUGAUCCAGAAAUUGCUGAUGUCAGCAAGGUUUUGCUAGGGAUAAAGGGAUCUCAUGUGAAAUACAAGGAUCUGCGGGUUGUCUUUGGUCCUGAGCAGCAGAGUUACUUGGAGUCACAAUUGCGGAGAUACAGGAAGGUUGUGGGUCCAUUGCUAUCCGAGCGAAUCGUCUAUUCGCUCGGAUAAUAUAAAUAUUAGUACUUGAGUAGUUGAGUUUAAUAAGAUGCUACUGCUAAUCUUCCCAGAAAAAAAAAAAAAAAACCCUGCAAAUAAGAUUCAUGUAUUCUUCUGUUGGAUGGUCUGAUGUUGGCAAUAGCAAUUGUGUGAACCUUGAAGUUUUUUUAUAAUCAACUUUCCCAUGCAUUUGCAUAUAUGGAAUUCAGUGUUGUAUUUCUUUUCUGGCGUUAGUUGCUUAAAUGAGGAACACAAUGGAUGUCUUGAGGUGUUAGUAACUUCUAAAUUUCAGCAGUUUUUAGUUUCCUUAAUCAAUGUUAUGCUUCAUGAAAGCAGAGGCAUAAGAUUUACCCAAGAACAUUA